UGGUGAGGAGGACCAGGCUUCAUCGUGGCUCUUCCCAGGCCGUUGAUUGGUGUUGUCUGGGCGGAUCGUAGCAUCUUGUGGCUCCGCCCUCGAUUAUCCAGCCUGCCCGCUGGAUGCUGCGCAGCGCGGUGAGGACACAGCGAAGCACCGAGAGCAGAGGCGUCCAGCCCGGAUCUGGAGCCCGGAUUACUGUCGUUGUAUAGCGGCAAAUACCUUCGCUCCAGCUGCACACGCUGCAAACCUCUGCACCGGGUCGAUCAACGGGAAGAGCCGCGCAGAGAGGGGACCCGAGAAGAGGAGGUUCCCGAGACGGUGAGAAGUUUGUACGCGGAGUUUCUGGAGUAGUUGGCGGACUGAAGCUAGCCUCUGUGCCCGCUGCGCCUCCCUCCUGCCCCGGCCAGCCUGCCGCGAGUUAGCCCGCUGUCCCCGCUCCUUCCUCCAUCCAGCUGCGCGGGGGGAUCAUGGCGCUCAGAGCCCGGGCGCUGUACGACUUCAACUCGGAAAACCCCGGGGAGGUGUCGGUGAAGGAGAACGAGAUCGUCACCCUGUACAGCGAGCAGGACAUCGAGGGCUGGCUCGAGGGGGUGAACAGCAAAGGGGAGAGGGGACUGAUCCCCGCGUCCUACGUGGAGAUCGUGAGGAGCGACGCCGCCUCCACGUCCAACAACAACAGCUGCAGCACAUCUGGGGACACUUACCCGGACUCCAGAUACGCCAACAUCCCACCCGGAGGCUUCGACGGCUCUCUGAGUCCUCCGAAUAAAAUCGAGAACUUUUCCAAACCGUCUCCUCCAGGUCUCGCCACAUACACCAAAUCUCCUCCGCUGCCACAACAGCCUCCACAGCAGCAGCAGCAGCAGAAGCAGCAGCAGCAGCAGCACACCUAUCAGUCCCCCAGCCAAGUGAGCGACGAUGACUGGGAUGAUGACUGGGAUGACAGCUCCACCGUGGCGGAUGAACCAGGGACUGUGGGAGGACGGUACCAUGACUUUGAAGGCAACGGGCCAUCCACCUACAGAGUGUCAACAUCCUCCAUGUCCAGAGGCAAUGCACAGCAGGCCAAGAGCUCAGCCACCGUCAGCAGAAAUCUGAACAGGUUCUCAACCUUCGUCAAGUCUGGAGGAGAGGCCUUUGUGCUGGGAGAGGCGUCAGGCUUCGUGAAGGACGGGGAUAAGAUCUGUGUGGUGAUGGGUCAGUAUGGUCCCGAGUGGCAGGAGAACCCGUAUCCCUUCUCGUGCACAAUCGACGACCCCACCAAACAGACCAAGUUCAAGGGCAUGAAAAGCUACAUCUCCUACAAGCUGACCCCCACCCACACCCAGACCCAGGUGAACAGGAGGUACAAGCACUUUGACUGGCUGUACGCCCGCCUGGUGGAGAAGUUCCCCGUCAUCUCAGUGCCACACAUCCCCGAGAAGCAGGCCACGGGCCGCUUUGAGGAGGACUUUAUCUCCAAGAGGAGGAAAGGCCUCAUGUGGUGGAUGAACCACAUGACCAGCCACCCAGUCCUGGCCAAGUGUGAUGUCUUCCAGCACUUCCUCACCUGCAACAGCACGGAUGAGAAGGCCUGGAAGCAGGGGAAGAGGAAGGCAGAGAAGGAUGAGAUGGUGGGGGCCAACUUCUUCCUCACCAUCAGCACCCCAGCGGCUCCGCUUGACUUUCAGGAGGUCGAGAGCAAAAUAGAUGGAUUCAAGACGUUCACCAAGAGGAUGGACGACAGCACCUUGCAGCUCAAUGCCACAAUCAACGAGUUCGCCCGCAAGCAGAUCAGUGGCUUUAAGAAGGAGUAUCAGAAAGUGGGGAUGUCGCUCAAGGUCCUCAGCCAGGCUUUUGAAAUGGACCAGCAGGCGUACUCAGCAGGACUCAACCAGGCCAUCUCCUUCACUGGAGACACGUAUGACGCCAUCGGAGAGUAUUUUGCUGAGCAGCCCAGCAAAGAUCUUGACCCUAUCAUGGAUUUGUUUGCUCUUUACCAAGGACACUUGGCAAACUACCCCGACAUCAUCCAUGUCCAGAAAGGUAAAGUAAAGACACUGUCAAAUACACAGAACACACGUGUCCCUGACAUGUUUAUAUUUUUGUAA